UGUUCAACGAGUUCUACUCGGGUUUAUAGCCAAUGUCCAACAUGUCGUAUACGCGUUAACUUAAAGUAAAUAAUGCGAAAAGGAAACGCGCCGCAGUGACGAACAACAACAACAACUGCAAAAUAAAAACAAAAAAUAGGAAGGAAACCCAAAAAACAAAAACAAAACUGAAAACCUAUUAAAAAACGAUUUUUCAGCAAAAUGUGGAAACGACAACCAACAAAUUGAAUAUCAAUUGAGGUCAUAAAUUCACGUGAUGUGAUUGGAAAUUAAACGACGCUCAGUUCCCUAUAAGCUGCCAUUGGGGCUGCUCUAAAUGGAUUGUUUCAAUUUAAAUGGAAUUUGGUAAAUCAAAGGCCAAAUACCUGACGCACACUCAAGUACACUGGCACAAACACACAGUUUGACUUGAUGUAUGUGAAUUUGCAAGCGAAAACGACAGCAACAGGAAUAGCAACACCAACAGCAACACCGCCACCAACCACAGCCGGGGGAUCAGUCAGAACCACAGCCACAGCAGCAACAUGUUGACAACACAUCAUCUGCAUCACUUGCAUCAUCAUCGAGGCAGUACGGCUGUUGAACUGGAUAAGAUUACCAAUUUGAAUACGCUCAUUGUGGAGAUCAACAGCCAUGUGGCUUUGUUUCGUGAUAUGCUGAUUCAUGUGGGUCAGGCUAAAGACUGCCCGGAGCUACGUGAAAAGAUACGCAAAUUGCGACGCACCUGCGUAGAGGCUUUCAAGCACACAGCCCAGAUACUGAUGCCCCAGGUCAAGAGCGCCAUGGCCGAUGGCAUUCUGACCGACAACCCGCAUUUGGUGCUCCUGUUCUACAUGGCCCAGUUGUUCCUACGUGAACUGGUGAAAAGUUAUCGUCUCAUACAAGUUGUGCCAAUGGAUAUGUCUGGCUAUUAUGAGAAUCGUGCUGGUCCCUCGAAUUUGGGCAAUGUCAUAAGUCAGAUUUUAUUGUGCAAACAAAUAACGCCCGAUUUCAAUGAGGAGGAAUUAUGCAGCAUAACAAAGGACUCGCAGGACAUUGCCGUGCUGCUGUCGGAGAUGCAGGAGUACAUGCCACAACAUGAAGCAUAUUUGGAGCGAAACGCCGCUUUGGAUACAACCGGUCCAUGGCAGGCCAAACGACGCCAAAUAAAUAUAUGCAAGAAUAUGAGUCUUCUCUGUUGUGUGUCCCGGCCGAACUAUCUUUGAGAGCAGGCGGAAAAUGUUUAGAUAACACUAAGACACACACACACAUACAUACACAAUGGGAUAGAUACACACACUUAUAUCAAUUACUAGUCAACUAAGUAAAAUCUAUAUACAUACAUAAGUGCAAAAACCAAAACUCAAUUAGCCAUGUAACAUAAUCAAAUGGAUCUAACUACAAAUCGUGUGUAUAAUCAAAGUUAAUUAAUGCUGCAUAUACAAUACAAUUAUUACACAUCCUAUAAAGAAAUAUA